AUGCCCCCAACCCCAGAAUCCCAACAUGGCGAUGGCUCGGCUAACAACGACACUACGUCGCCAGCCGGCUCCUCGCUUAAUAGCUCUUUGCCCAAUCCAGAUCCUUCCAUGGUAAAGGUUACGAGAGGGCAUAGCUGUGUGUUAUGCCAACAGCGCAAAGUCCGAUGCGACAAGCUGAAGCCCUGCUCUAAUUGUAAAAAGGCUGGAGUCGAAUGUCGCGUCGUGGCACCCCAGCCGCCGAGGCGGCGCAAGAAGCGCAUUCCCGAAAGAGAUUUGGUGGAGCGCCUCCGAAAAUAUGAGGCGCUCUUAUCUCAGAACGGCAUCGAAUUUGAUUCACUAGGUCCGGAUGUCAAGAUUGUAGAUCCCGGCUCCGUGGAAGAUGGCGAUGAGUUAGAGCCCGAAUUUAUAAGGCAGAGGAGUAAAGAAUCUCCUGAAGGGCUCGACCCUGAUCUGAUCUCGUCCCCUGGCGAGACUCCGCAUAUGCCUAGGACCUUCAAAUGGUUUCCUUUCCAGAAGGAGGCUAGUAGUAAAUUCCGUGCCACAGAGGAAUCUCCUAGGGACUCUUCUGACGAAGAAGACGUCGGCUCGUCCAUUAACCAAGCGUACGAUAAGAUGUUCGAUAACCCUACUGGCUUCCCUUUUGUGAUUGGUGGCCAGUUCGAGAGUGUCACUCAUCAACAUCCAUCCACCAUCCAUAUAAUUCAGCUAUGGCAAAUCUACCUCGACAAUGUCAACCCCCUCCUCAAGCUGACGCACACGCCGACGCUGCAAGUGCGGAUUAUAGAGGCUGGAGCCAACCUUGAAAAGGUUUCUCGUCCUCUCGAGGCUCUUAUGUUCUCGAUCUACCUAAUGGCUAUCACAAGUAUAGAUGAAGAAGAAUGCCAAACUCUAUUCGCCGAAUCGAGGACAUCAUUGCUGGCGAAAUACUACUACGCUUCGCAGCAGGCCCUCCUCAACGCAGGGUUCAUGCGUAACCCAGACCUAACCUUGAUACAAGCCUAUUUACUUCAUCUUUUUGGCGUUCGACAAUAUUCUGACCCUCGGUCACUAUUCUGCUUGACCGGGAUAGCAGUGCGCCUUGCACAGCGAAUGGGCUUACAUCGUGACGGUGCCCAAUUUAAACUAUCACCAUUUGAGGUGGAGGAGAGAAGAAGGCUAUGGUGGACCCUGGCAGGAUUCGACAGACGAAUUGGAGAAUUAUGCGGUUGCAUCAUCACCGCCGUAUCGAGUGGUGCUAACUGUAAAUUACCGCUCAACAUCAACGACGCUGACCUGCAUCUCCAUGCUAAAGAUCCUCCAUCUCCUCAUACGGGCGCAACUGAGAUGAUGUUCUCUCUUGCACGUCUCGAGUUCGCUAAAGCACCAGGAAACGACAAAAUGAAGGGCCAAAUGUCGGAAACGAACCCACAAGCGGUGGCAAGCGUUGCUGACCACAGGUUAUCAAGCUACCUGGAACGAAUGUCUGUUUAUAUGGAGGACACUUACCUCAAAUAUUGCGAUCCUAAAGUUCCUCUUCACUACAUGACCCUUCUUACGACCCGAGCAAACAUAUGCAAACUAAAGAUCGUGGCGGGCUUCUUUCGCGUCGCACUUACCGCUCCUGCUCCCUUGCCCGAAUCUGAGAGGGAAGUUCUCUUCGUCGAAGCCAUCAAGAUGAUUGAAUACGACAGUAUGAUGCAGGCCCGCGAUAACCUGAAGCGUUUUCUUUGGUAUACACAAAUGCAUUUCCCAUUCCCGGCUUAUAUAUGCCUGCUCUCGGAGCUACGCUUCCGCACAACCGGCAAUUUAUGCGAACGUGCGUGGAACACUAUCUGCGAACAUUGCGAUUUGAGGAAGAUGACAACGCAUGCGCGGAGCCCCAUGCACCUAUCCUUUAGCCCCCUUUUUGUAAAAGCGUGGGAUGCUCGCGAGGCGGCGGAAGCCGCAAUGGGACGUACCAUAGCACCGCCUCGCAUCAUUACCCACAUGAGACAGAUCGCAGCUCGAAUACCCCAGGCGACCAAGAAGCAGACGCCCGUACCAACACCUUCCCCCAAGAUUCCCGUAAUAAGCGGUGCCUAUGUUUCGACGGCACCAACACCACCAGAACAGCAAAUGCUACCGGGCACUAUGCCUCUAUAUGCCGAAAACGACGUAUUCAACGGCAUGCAGCAGAUGGACAUGAACAGGCAGUUUGCGACCGCAUUUCCGGACCUUAACAUCGGAGGCGAGAUGGAUUGGAACUACAUAAUGCAGGAGUACGGCGGGUUUGUCGCACAACCCCCGCAGAUGAGCGCCUACGCGAACCAGCCGAUGCACGAUCCCACCCAGGCCACUACAUGGCAAUAA